AUGGAGCCAGAGUACGCGGGAUAUGGGCCGAAGGUCGCAAAACUCGGUAUCGGCUGGAAGCAGACUGCGGGGUACGAGGAGAACAAGACGACAAUUGUAGAGGAGAUGAAGAAGAAGAUGCGUCGGUCCCAAUCGAACAGCGGAGCAGCCUCGCUUUUCAACUCGAGGACUGCGAAAGAGAGACCUCAAGUUAUCUACAGAUCUGAAGGUUUUUUCCAUUAUUCGACUGUAAUCGUUACAAAUCUGUAUCUCAAUUUUGCGUCAAUGGAUCAGAUUCUGAACAAGGUGGGCUCGUAUUGGUUGGGUCAAAAGGCCAACAAGGAAUUCAACUCGGUCGGCGAUGAUAUCAACUCACUGUCGAACAGUAUCGAAGGAGGAGCCAAAUGGUUGGUUAACAAGCUAAAAGGUAGGAAAAUGCAAAAGCCGCUACCCGAUCUUCUCAAGGAGUACGACCUGCCAGUUGGUAUAUUCCCUCGUGAUGCGACCAAUUAUGAGUUCAAUGAGGAGACCCGAAAGCUAACUGUUUACAUCCCAUCCGUGUGUGAAGUGGGCUACAGGGACUCAUCUGUGUUGCGUUUUUCCACGACCGUGACUUGUUAUCUGGAGAAAGGUAAACUGGCGGACAUAGAGGGAAUCAAGACAAAGGUGAUUGUUUGGGUGAAAGUGACCUGUAUUUCUUCGGAGAAGUCGAAGGUCCAUUUCACGGCUGGAAUGAAGAAAUCGAGAAACAGGGAUGCUUAUGAGGUUUUCAGAGAUGGGUUUACAGUAGACAAGUUUUAA